AUGCUUUUUAUAGUUAAAAAACAGCAUGAAGAUUCCGUAAUUGUUAGAACCGUUAUUCCAUUAAAUGAUGUGGACAAAAAGUUGAUUUCGAAAGAAACCACCAUAGAGAAAAUUAAAAAACGGCAUGAAGAUUCCGUAAUUCUUGGAACCGUUAUUCCAUUAAAUGAUGAUGAACUCGAAUUUAACCAAGAAAGCCAAUAUGGAAAUAUUUAUAAACUAAAUGACGCCUAA